CCGUUGCUAGGCGCGCUGCUGCGUAGCUGGCGGCGGCCGAGGCGGGAAGUGCGAGCGCCAGGCCAUGGCGUUAGUCCCCGCAGCGUGGCAGCAGCCGUUCGUCAACAUCUUCAGACACUUCAAGGUGGAGGAGUGGAAGCGAUCCUCGAAGGAGGGCGACGUGGCCACUGUGCUGGACAAGACUCUCGGGUGCCGUGUGUAUCGGGUCCGGGGCGCUGCCGCUACCAGCAGCUACAUCCAGCUCCCACAGACGGGCUCCCAGUCCCUGGGGCUCAUGGGGCGGUACCUGUACGUGCUCUUCCGGCCACUUCCAGACAAGCAUUUUGUUAUCCACCUGGACGUGUCCACAGAGCAUGCCCAGGUGAUCCGAGUGUCCUUCUCCAACCUCUUCAAGGAGUUCAAGUCCACGGCCACGUGGCUGCAGUUCCCUUUGGUGUGCAGAAGCCAGCUGCCAGGGGAAGGUGGGAUGGGGCCGGCUCUUCCUGGGUCUCGCUGGACCUGUCUGCAGGUGGACCUGCAGGAUACCCUCCUGCUCUACCUCGGCCAGCACUACAGCCAUCUCAGGGGCGUGCGGCUGUGUGCCAGCCUGCUGGUCAGGAGCCUCUUCACCAGCGACCUGAGCUUUGACCCCACUAUCACUGUCACCAAGGCCAGGCGUUCCAAGCUGCCCGUCACCCCCAUGCCACGAGAAAUGGCGUUCCCGGUGCCCAAGGGGAAGUGCUGGAACGACCUCUACCUCUACUUCCGGUUCCCUGCCGGUGCCCUGCGCUCAUCCUUGCAGCUGUGCCAGAAGGGCCAGUUCUCUCCCGAGACAGCAUCCCAGGGGCCACAGCCCCCACGGCAGCGCGGCCCAGCAGCCCUCAGCAGGCCGGCCCAGCAGCCCUUCUGGGCGCACGGGGCCCCAAGGCCCAUCCUGAGGGACGCAGGCAGCAGGGGCCAGCUGUGUGCCCACCUCUCGGCUGCAGACCCUGCGGCCCUGCAUGAGGCGAGCACUGCUCGAGGAGGGGCCAUGCCCUGUCAGCCGCAGAUCCCGCCUCUGACGGUUGUCCCGCCAUGCCCGGAGCUCGGUGGCACUCCUGCUGAGCCAUCCAGCCAACAGCCGCUUGGCCAGGAGGCAGCUCCGGGCAAGCAGCUUUCUCCGGUGGCAAGCUUCCUCCCGGACCCCAUCCUGAGGCUCAAGGGGGUCAUUGGCUUUGGGGGCCCCAGCGCCAAGUGGGCCCUAUGGACCAGGGACGGGGCAAGCGUCCUGUACCCCUGCCAUGCCGUCAUCGUGCUCCUGCACGUCCAGACUCACGAGCAGCGCUUCUUCCUCGGCCACACGGACGAGGUCUCCGCCCUGGCCCUGGAUGGGAAGAGCCGGCUCCUGGCUUCGGCGCAGGCCCGUUCCCCCAGCAUGCUGCGGCUCUGGGACGUCUGCAGUGCUCAGUGCCUCUGCCUGUUCCGAGGCCCGAUCCACACUGUGUGCUCGCUCAGCCUCUCGAACAGCGGGGCGCUGCUCUGUGGUGUGGGCAAGGACGGCCACGGGAGGACCGUCGUGAUUGCGUGGGGCACUGAGGAGGUGGGACACGGUGGCGAGGUAGCCAUUCUGGCCAAGGUGCACACUGAUGUGGACAUCCAGACCUUUGUGGUGGCCAGUCAUGAUGAGACCAGGAUGGCCUCAUGUGGACGGGGCAGUGUGCGGCUGUGGCGGCUUCGAGGUGGGGAGUUGCGCUCCUGCCCCGUGGACCUGGGGGAACACCAUGGCCUGCACUUCAUGGAUGUGGCCUUUGCACGGGCCCAGGACCAUACACUCUACACCUGCAGCCGCAGUGGCCACAUCCUGGAGGUGGACUCCCAGUGCUUGGCCGUGCGGCAGGCCCGCCGCCUGCUGCCUGCACAGCCCCCGGGCAGCCCCGUGCCGCAGAAGCGGGCCUCUGGCUCAGGUCCCGGCAUCGCCAUCAGCUGCCUCAGUGUCUCCCAGACCCUGUGUGCCGUGGGGUCGGAGGACGGCCACCUGCGCCUGUGGCCCCUGGACUUCUCGGCCGUGCUGCUGGAGACAGGGCACGAGGGACCUGUCGCCGCUGUCCAAGUGAGCCCUGAUGGGCGGCGUGUGCUGUCCACCACCUCUGCGGGCCUCCUGGGCUUCCUGGACGUGGCGGCCCAGGAGUACUGUGUGCUGGUGCGGGCUCACACCGCCCCUGUGCUCGCUCUCGCCGCCCAGCACAGCCGUGGACAGCUGGCCACCGUGGCCCAGGACCACACGGUCCGCAUCUGGGAUUUGGCGACUCUGCAGCAGCUAUACGACCUGGUGUCUCCUGAGGAGGCGCCCCGGGCUGUCGCCUUCCAUCCCACACAGCCGCGCUGCUUCUGCGGCUUCAGCAGUGGGGCCGUGCGUGCCUGCAGCCUGGAGACCCCUGAGGUGCUGCUGGAGCACAGACAUCACCAAGGAGCUAUCACCAGCCUGGCCACCAGCCCCGACGGCAACUUCCUUUUCAGCACCUGCUCUCAGGGUGCCCUGGUCCAGUACCACUGUGCUGACCCCCUGUGCCACGUGCUGCGGGUGGCAGCUGACGUGGUGUGGCAGGAGGCCAGUGGGAACACCUUGGCCAUCAGCUCGGAUAGCCGCCUGCUGGCAUUCGUGGGGCCUUCCAGGCACACGGUGACUGUGGCAGAUUCAGGCUCUCUGGCGCAGCUGCUGCAGGUGGACAUCUGUGCCCCAGACCCGGCCAGCAGCCACCUGGACUCAGCCACGGCAAUUUGCUUUGGGCCUGCACCCCCUGGUCACCUGCUGGUAUCCACAUCAUCUGCCACAAUCCUGGUGCUGGAUGCUACGUCUGGCCAUGUGGUCCGGGAGCUCUCCGGGAUGCAGCCUCCAGCCUGCUCCUCCCUGGCGCUCAGUGCGGACGGGCACCUCCUGCUCAUGGCGGCAGACCGAGCCGUCAAGGUGUGGGACUACUCGGCGCGAGCCGGGCCCCGCUGCCAGGUGUUCAUCGGCCACUCUGCACCCGUGCGGGCGGUGGCCUUCACGCCUGACCAGCGGCAGGUGCUCAGCAUAGGGGAUGCCAUCUUCCUCUGGGACAUCCUGGCUCCCGAGCAAGCAGCCCCGGAAAGUGCCCCGGCCUUGCUCACAGCCCCUGAGCCCCAUGAGGCCGGACCAGGGCCUGGACAGCCAGAGGGCACCACGUCCAGGGCCAGUGAGCACUCCCAACCACAGCCCCCAAGGUGUGGUCACGGUGAGGGCCUGGGCAGCCUGGAGGCCCCCGGGCCCUCUCCAGCCCUAUCCCUCAGAGCCUUCUCAUCUGGGGACCACGUGGGAGCGUGUGAGAAGAGCCGAGACUUCAGGGAGGCCAGUGUGGCCGGAGACGGGGCCUGGGGAAGCGGGGAGCCCCCAGGGCCCAGGGCAUCUCCCGACCUCUGGCUAGGGGCCCCGCACUGGAGAGCGCCCCUCCCUGCCGCCUGCAGGCCCUCUGCCGCCCACCCCGAGGCCUUCAGGCCAGCCAAGUGCGUGUCCGGGCCUCCUGCUGGAGGUGAGCGGCUGCACCUGAAGGCCGUGGUGGGCUACAGCAGCGGCGGGCGGGCCAACCUGGUCUGGAGCCCCAGCACGGGCUUCUUUGCUUACUCGUGCGGCCGCCUGCUGGUGGUGGAAGACCUACACUCUGGGGCCCAGCGCCAUUGGCUCGGCCAUGCCGAGGAGGUGUCCACUCUGGCCCUCAGCCACAACGCCCAGCUCCUUGCCUCGGCCUCGGGCUGCAGACCCAGCCCCAUCCGUGGCCGCUGUCAGAUUCGUGUCUGGGACAUCCCCGAGGGCUCUUGCCGGCAGCUCCCUGAGCACCACGAAGCUGCAGUGCAGGCCCUGGCCUUCUCGCCCAACGACCGGCUCCUCGCCUCGCUGGGGGACAACUCCGACCGCACCCUGGCCCUAUGGAGCGUGGCCACCGCUGAGCUGCUGGCCGCCGUGCCUCUCCCGGAGCCCAUGCACGGGGUGGCGUUCAGCCCCUGGGACGCUGGCCAGCUGGUGUGCGUGGGCCAGGGUGCCCCCACCUUCUGGCCCCUGCCCCAUCUCGAUGCUGGCACAGCCUUGCAGGUGCACCGAGAGUCUCUCUCUGCAGAGGUGGGGGCCGCCGAGCUGACCUCACUGUGCUUCGGGGCUGAGCCCCUGCUCUACUGUGGCUCCAGCACCGGCCGGGUCUGCGUCUGGGACACGCGUGCCCGGCGCUGCUUCCUGGCCUGGCAGGCAGACGAGGGGGAGAUCGGGCUGCUGCAGUGCUCGGGCACAUGGCUGGUCAGCGGGAGCAGCUCACGGCGGCUGCGCCUCUGGGCCGUGGGGGCCGUGCUGGAGCUGUGGCAAGCGGGUGUGGCCGUGAGGUCCGGCUCCUUGGCCAUGGAGCAGGAGCUGAGUCUGGACGGGGCUGUGGUCAGCGCCGUCUUCCACGAGAGCAUGGACAUGGGUGUUGUGGGCACCACGGCCGGUACCGUCUGGUUCGUCAGCUGGGCUGAGGGCUCCAACACGCGCCUCAUCAGUGGCCACUCCAGCCAGGUCAAUGAGGUGACCUUCAGCCCCAACGAGGCCCAGUGUGCCACCUGUGCUGACGACGGCAGUGUGCGGGUCUGGUCCCUUGCCAGCCUGGAGCUCCUGGUCCAGUUCCAGGUUCUGGAUCAGAGCUGCCUCUGUGUCGCUUGGAGCCCCCCAUCCUGUGGCCGUGCACAGGAGCAGCAGCUGGCCGCAGGCUACGGUGAUGGCACCCUGCGUGUCUUCAGCAUCUCCCACACGGCCAUGGAGCUCAAGGUCCAGCCGCACUCAGCCGCACUGACCACCAUCGCCUUCUCUGCCAAUGGACAGACCAUCCUCUCGGGGGACAGGACUGGGCUUGUAGCAGUGAGCCACCUGUGCACUGGGGUCACCCUGCGUGUGCUGAAUGACCACCAUGGCGCUCCCAUCUGCACCCUCCAGAGCACCAGCAAAGAGUAUGGCGCCUUCGGGGUGGAGGGGGCAGACCUGUGGCUGGCUGCCAGUGGGGACCAGCGGGUCAGCGUCUGGGCCUCUGAUUGGCUGCGGGACCACUGCGGGCUUGUGGACUGGCUGAGCUUCCCAGCCCCCAUCCUGGAGGAUCCUGGUCACCUGCCGCCGUCCCUGGCCACCUUCUGCCCCUGGGACCGGGCACUGCUGGUGUGUACAGGCCUGGGCAUGUACCGGGAAAUGAUCUUCUACAGCCUCCACCAGAAGCAGGUGGUGAAGACCAUCCCACUGCCUGACUUUGCCAUGUCCCUGAGCCUGUCCUCUGGUCCACACCUUGCGGCCAUUGGAUUUACUGAGGGAGUGCUGUGCCUGGUGGACUGUGGCUCAGGGGCCACACAAGAUUUCACCGCCCACGUGGGCCCCGUGCAGCUCUGCCGCUUCUCCCCAUCCGCCCGCCUGCUCUUCUCCGCCGCGCACAGCGAGAUCUUGAUUUGGGAGCUUGUGCCUGCUGCCGCGGGUGUCAGCCCCUCUGAGGACUUGUAACUCUGGACCCCCAUGGUUGCCGCUGGCACCCUCCUUCACUGCCCCUCCUUGUACAGUUCAAAUAAACAGCCCCUGACAGCCCUUGAUUGCCCAACGUGCCUGCAGAAGCUGGCCCAUGGGAAGGCGCAGGCCUCGCUGUGCGCCUGAAAUCUCCACUCCAGCUCCACGGGGUCCCCUGAGCACUGCCUAGUGUGUCACCAAAGCCGGCACAAAGACCCCCAGCAGAGUGCAGCGGGGAGGGACCUUUGCAGAGCCAACUGGUGUUUGAUCUCCAGCACCCAAUACGGUCCCCUGAACCCCAGCAGGAGUGAUCCCUGAGCACCGCCGGCUGUGGCCCCCAGUCCCCCCAAAAGAGGUCCCAGGAAGUGGCGGGCGGCACUAGUCGCUGAGGCUGGAGGGUUAACCGCCCCCUCCUCCCGUCCCCCGUCACGCACCUGGACCCCGGUGCCUGCGGUACCGGGCGCGUCCGCACGGGGCGCCGCCGUCACCGCUCCGGCCCGCGCCUGCGCAGGCGCGCGGGGGCGGGGCCGGAAGUGCCGAGCGGAGCGCCGGGCCCGGACCGGGCGAGUCGGGCCGGAGUUCGCGGGUCGGGCCACCGGGCCAUGAGGCGGGACGUACGCAUUCUGCUGCUGGGCGAGGGUGGGGAAGACGUCGCUGAUCCUGUCGCUGGUGGGCGAGGAGUUCCCUGAGCAGGUCCCUCCCCGAGCGGAAGACAUCACCAUCCCCGCCGACGUCACCCCGGAGAAGGUGCCCACCCACAUCGUGGACUACUCAG